UCCUGACGAUCAACGAGAAAAACCUGCAAAAAAACUCUCUCUCUCAAAAGAAAGAAAGAAAAAUGGUAUCAGACUCAGAGCUUACAGAGAGACUGAAAGAAAUUCUACGAAAUGCGGACUUGGACAAGACAACAACCGGUACUGUCAGAAGAAAGCUAGAGGAAGAUUUCGCUAUUGAUUUGUCGGAUAAGAAAGUAUUUAUAAGAGAACAAGUCGAUUUGUUCCUUCAAAACGAGCUCGAUAAUGGCCAGAAGAACGGUGACAAUGAGUAUACUCAUGAAGAUCAGAAAGCGAAUGUUGAAAAUGACGGCUGUGAUUUGCAGGAGGAGGUGCAAGGUGAUGAUAAAGAGAAAAGUAACGUAAAAAGAGGAUACAGCGAGAAUAAAAAUGAAGCCAAGAGAAGAGGUGGUGGCUUUAGCAAGCUAUGUAGCCUUUCCCCUCAGCUUCAGGAAUUCAUUGGGGUGCCUCAUUUGGCAAGGACAGAGGUUGUCAGGCAACUUUGGACCUACAUAAGAGAGAAGAACUUGCAAGAUCCAAGUGAUAGGCGGAAUAUAAAUUGUGACGAGCCAUUGCAGGCUCUUUUCGGUGUUGAUUCCAUCAACAUGUUUCAAAUGAACAAAGCCCUCUCGAGGCAUAUUUGGCCCUUGGACUCGGAAGAUGUUGUUUCAAUCAAUUCAAAACAGCAUGAAAAGCAACAUAAGCGAGAGAGGGAAGAAGAGGAAGACGAGUCAAACAAAAAAGAGAAGAAGCAGAAGGGAGGCAAUUCAGGUUUUCUCGCCCCCCUUCAACUUUCAGAUGCUUUAAAAAAGUUCCUUGGUACUGGAGAAAGUACAUUAUCCCGAUCUGAUGUUGUCAAGAGAAUGUGGGAAUACAUUAAGCAAAACAAUCUCCAGGAUCCAUCUGACAAGAGGAGAAUACUAUGUGACGUGAAGCUGAAAGAACUCUUUGACAUUGACUCCUUCACAGGCUUCACUGUUCCAAAACUUUUAUCUGCUCAUUUUGUGAAGGCCUAACAGUGAAUUGCUCGUGGUUAAAAGCCAGUGACAGAAGCUGGGUUUUUGCUUGCGAAUUUUCGGUUUCAGUGAUUCAAAAGUAUUUGCCUCAAAUGUAUUUGCUUGUGUAUAGGCGCCAUAACAAUGACAUUUUCAAUUUUUCUGCA